AGUACAGCUGAAAAGAACAGACCCAUAGUAUAUUAUUUACAUUUAAUAAUAAUUUAAACUUUUAUUACAUGAGCGAGAAAUAAAUCGGAUAACUCAACUAAAAAACGAGCAAGAGAAAGAAAGAAAGAGAAAGAGAGAGAGAGAGAGAGAGAGAGAGAGGAGAUACAUGCAAUACACACAUCCGCAAUAAUUAUAGACAAUUUGUAAAAAUCCAAAAUUGUAUACACCUGUACAUUGACAAGCAAUGAUGAACGAAAUUUUGGAAGUACAGAACAAGGACUCUGUCAUAAGCGAACAAGAACGCGAUUUAGCACAAAAUGCAUUGUCAGAAUUUCAUAAAGGCUCCUAUGUUUUAUGCUCAUCAUACUUGAAUAAGUUGGAAAACCUUCGCCCUAUGGAUCUUAAAGUUAUGCAUAACAAAGUUGUUGUGGAGUAUUAUAAAAGUGACUUGAAAAAAACUGAGUUGAUGCGUAAAAGUUUAAUUGCCAUAUGUGGCCAAAUGUCAGCAGAUUCUAGUGAAACUAUAGAUGAUGUUGAAAAGUGUGUUAUGAGAUAUAACCAAGCCGUUUUAUUGUAUCACACUAAGCAAUAUAAUGCUGCGCUUCAAAUCAUGACCAAACUAUUUGCUUUCAUCGAGCCAAUGGAAGAAACUUUAGCCAACAAAGUUUGCCUGUUACUCAUUGAGCUAUAUAUAAUAAUGGAACAACCGGAUGCAGCUCUGUCAAUAUUAAAUUAUGUGGAGAGUCAGUAUAUAUCUAUCGAUGGUUCUAAAGUGACAUCCGUUGACAAGGAUGGAAUAAUAAAAUCUAAAAUAAAGGAGCAAAAAGAACAAAAGAGAGAUACCAAUGAUGCAGUAACAGAUGUAUUCAAAAUUAAACUCUUAAAAUGUAAAGCAAGAAUAUAUCUUUUGACUCAUCAAUUGAAACUUUGUAAAAAAGAGUGGAAGACAAUUGUUUCACUGGGCACAUUGGCGAAUACAUCAACAAUUUUUUUAAAGGCUAAUUUGGAGUAUUUACGAGGAAAUUACAAGAAGGCAAUGCGAUUGCUGAAUUCUGCAACAAUAGAAAAUUUAGAUUUCAAAUUAUGUGGGGAAUCUUCGGCCGUUUUAUAUUAUAAUAAUAUAGCAUGCCUCUAUCUUGCAAUGGGCAAACCAAAUUUAGCUUGUUUUUAUCUUAAAAAAGCUCUACAUGAAAACAAAUUAGCAGUCGAGAGCGUGCAAGUCAAAGACACUGAUCCUUUGUUUUCUCAGCCGCUAUACACACUUGGUGGCAAUAAACAUUACGAGCUAAUGUACAGUUUAGGUGUAUCAUUGUUGCAUACUGGUCAAGCGUCAAAAGCUUUCGAUUGCUUUACAGAAGCAGCACAAAGAUUACACAAUAAUUCCAAACUUUGGCUUAGAAUGGCAGAAUGUUGUAUCUAUAAUCAUAAAUAUUCAAAUCAAGUGGAUUUUAAUAUUCCGAAGCGACGUAAAGAUUUGGUACAGAAAGUUGUAGGUUCUGGUGUUCAUAAGAAAAUCAUUUUGGCUGCAUCUCUUUCAAAAGAUGUUAAUUAUCAUUCAGAAGGCCUAUCCUAUGCUAUACCACAGCCAACAUUAGAGUUUGGAUCAUUAUGCCUGAAGAAUGCAUUAUUUUUAUUACCAAAUAAUAAUGAGCCGAAUGUGUCUCAAACAGCCAUAGUAAAUGCACAGACAGCGACAAGUACACUACCAUUAACGACUAGUCACAACUUGGGUAUGCAGCAUGCAACAUUAAUAUCCCAAGCAACAAUUAUUGAAUCUUUUAAUUUAAAAAUUAGUGUAUUAACUGCUAGUGCAUAUGUUUCUUUGUGUCUUGGAGAUUAUAUACUGUCCCUUGAACAUGCAAAGACUCUACUAAGUUUUAAUAAGCUGCCUGGAGCAUAUAAACUCUUAGGCAAUUUAUAUGCUGCAGAAAGUCUGAUCUUUAUGGAUAAAAUUAGCGAAGCACUCGAGUAUCUCAAGCUGGAAAAUCUACAAGACUUGCAUACAUUUAUAUCAAUGCCAGAGAUUCAAGAAAAAGAUAAAGAAAAAGUGGAAGAAGUUAUGGCAAAGCCUACAAAAGCAUGGUAUCCUACUACAGUUUCUACAGGCAUUGCUGUAUUACGUUACAACUUGGCUGUGGCUUAUGCCAUACGAGGUGAAUUAGAUAAAUCUGGAGAAAUCUUAAAACAAUUUUUAUUUCAGGUAUGGAUGUCAAAAGAAUCAGAUUGUGAUAUACCUAUACAAGUGAUAAUGUUGGCUUUAUACAUAGAAUUACAAUUGGUUGAGACCAAGGUUAUCAUCCCGUCUUUGAAAGCAAUCCAGUUUGAUGCGACACUGACGAGCCGAGAUACCAAAUCCUUUCAUUUCGACGACUUGCGUUUCGUCCUUCACGGCCAUAUAUGCGUGACACCAGCCGCACUUGACCUAUAUAUUGUUAUGCCAUUGGACACAGUGUAUAGUUUAUAUGUGCGAAUACGCGCAUAAGAUUUUACUCAAACCUUGAGUCCGGUUUGCUGUCGCAAAUUUUUUCUAUCUAUAAUGACUAUGAUUUAAUAUUUUCACAAUAGAUACAAAAUGCCGCCAAGUGAGCUACGGUUAGCGAUUUUCCACAAAGAACGCGGAUAUAUAUCAAGUAUUUAUAUGCAUU